UGACAUUUUACUACACUUUUUGCAUUUCCUCACAAUGGUGGCAGGUGUGGGAAGAAAUGGCACUUUCUUUUCUUAUAUUCACGCGGGAAUAUUGGGCCAGCCCACAUACUACUGCAUGGAUAUAGAAUGGUUAAUGAUGGCUACGGUAUCGAUGAUUGCAAUGUUACUGAAGUGUAGAACCAGAAUCUCCAAGCUUCAUGGAUUUCUCAAAACCUUGUACCUGUCCUUCUACCAAAGCCAAAGCCAUGCAUUUCCUCAAGCAGCAUCAAGGCAAACCAAAAAGCAAACCCAUUACUCCAUUUCGCAGUGACAGCAACACCAACAUGAAAAAACCUGAGAAAUUGAAUUUGAAAUUGAAAGAAAAGAAGAAGAAGGAUGAGCCCAGAGAGUAUACGAGGAAUGUAAUUGGGAAAAUUUACAACACGCUAAAGUACUCAACCUGGGAAACAGCUGAGUCAGAGCUCAACAAUCUCCCUUUGAAGUGGGACUCAUACAGGGUGAACCAGGUUCUGAAGUCACACCCGCCAAUGGAGAAAGCGUGGCUGUUCUUCAACUGGGCCUCUGAGCUCAAAGGGUUCAAGCACGACCAAUACACUUACACUACAUGCUUGGAUAUUUUCGGGGAAGCUGUGAGAUAUCUUCCGAUGAAGCACGUUUUCCAAAGAUGCACGAGAAGGGAAUCAAGGUUGAAUUCUGUUACCUACACUUCCAUGAUGCAUUGGCUUUCCAGUUAUGGGAACGAGGAUGCUAUGCAAAUGUGGGAAGAAAUGAAAGUCAAGGAGAAGGCGGAUGGGAGCACACUGUGUGUACUUAAACAGGCGUAUAUGUAAGAUUCUGGUUAUGAAAUAAAAAAGUAAAGGACGGCACUACGUGUUUACAAGGAGAUGAUUGGCUCUGGUGUUGCUCCAAAUUGCCACACUACACUGUCCUAAUGGACCCAUCUUAUUGGGUCUGGAAAAUGUAAAGAGGCCCUAGAGAUUUUUGAAAAGAUGCAAGAGGCUGGGGCACGACCUGACAAAGCUGCAUGCAAUAUUUUGAUUGAGAGGUGUUCUGAAGUUGGUGGGACUGAGUUACUGACACAUAUCCUUCAGUACAGAAGAAACCGUCGUUGUUCUCCAUACCCUGUUUUUGUUUAAAGCAUGGAAGCUUAAAGUGUGCUGGUGGGGAUGAUACCCUUCUAAGGCAAUGAAUCCUCAGUUUUACCAUUGAGCAUAAGGAAGAAAAGACAAAAUUAUUCUGUCAGCGUUGCCUGGUCAGAUUCUCCUACCUAACAUUGGAUACAAGAGCUUUUAUUUGUUUUAUGAAAAAUAGAAUGUUGUUGCUAUUGACAUUACUUAGAGGGAUGAUGGAAAAGAAACUAUCUUUAGAUCAUAAGGUUAUCUCAACCAUUAUUGAGGUAAAUUGUAGUCAUUGCCGACCUGAAGGUGCUUUGUUGGCUUUCAAGUACAGUGUUACAAUGGGAAUAAGUAUAGAGAGAACAGGAUAU